AUGAAUCUCCCAACUACCCAAAUGAGACGUGAAUAUCUACAUGAUAUGACAGGCCCAGUCAAUCAACAGACUACGGGGCUUUCGCCGGCUCCAAGUCAAAGUCCGCCGACAAUUAACCUCUGCUCGCAAGAGGAUAGGUCAAUCUCUCUUGACAAGAAGGAUAGGAAAGGCGAGAGAUUGUGUAUAGGAUCAUGCGCUAUACUUUCUCCCGAUGGUAUCCGCUGGAUAGAUGCACUGGUAGGCGAUGACAGCUUUAGUUCCCUCCUGUCUGGCCUGAAGAUUCCAAGAAAAGUACCUUUGGGAAAUUUGGAAGGACGGGCCAACCAUCCUUUACCCCCUAAUGAUACAAUCAUCGCAUGCGUCAAAGACUUUUCCGCCACCUAUAAUAGCUCCAUCCAUUUACUCGAAGACGAUUACCUGGCCGAAAUACUUCAAAGGUAUCUCAACGACCAAUCCUUCUCAGAUGCCACAUCAUAUGCAGCAUUGAAUAUUGUUUUAGCCCAUUCGCUAAGCAAAUUCGAUAAUAUGCGACCCGAUGAAGCCGAAAAGUGCUUUGAAAAUUCUUUCAGUAUGCUUCCUGCGAUGAUGUUGCAGAGCGCCAAUAAAUUUAGCAUCGCGACAAUGCUUUUCAUGGUUAUGUACCUUAUAUAUACAUCAAGAAGCCAUACUUCUGCCGCCAUCCUCGGAGCCGCCAUCCAGUCAAUUCUCAUGGCUGGCUACCACCAUACUGUACCCACUCAAAGUAGCUCUGCAGCUCUGCACGAAAGGACCCUGCUUUAUCAUGCCUUUAUAAUAGAGCAAGACUUGGCCAUGUACCAUUCAACACCACCCUCACUUAAAAGCGUCCUGCUCCCCUCUCUGCCAGAGGAGGACCCAGAAGAUGGGCGUAACACGCUUACGCUUGACGAUGGCUCCACGUUAAACUGGCUCCGUGAACAGGUCAUCCUGGGCAAGAUCCAAGACAAAGUUUACGACAGGCUUCGCUCCCCGCAGGCCUCUACGCAGUCUCCAGAACAGUUAUAUGCCGGAGUGAUGGAGCUCGACGAAGAGUUACAAAGGUGGAGGCAGAAAAUCCCAGACAUGGCUCGCCCACAAACUUCUUUAACUGGCUUAGACGGCUCGCGUCUAAUGUCUCUAACAGUACUCCAUUUCUCCUACUUUCAACUUCUUAUAUCUAUCCACUCCGUUGUGUUUAGUAAAGUUGUCCCUCUUUGGAAUCAAUACGAAGAGAGCGACUUGGUCAUCUCUAGUGUGGCAUUGUGCGUUAGUGCUGCGCGGGCCACGAUCUCCCUACUGAACUACCAUGACCAGGGCCACCCGUUCACCAUCUACCUGGUAUAUCACAUCGCCUGGACCGUCGAUAUCCUACUUAUCAACAUCUUGGAAAACAAAACUAGCCCCCAGGCCCGUGAAGAUUUACAUCUUCUGGGCACGGUGAUCAGGUUUUUUGAAAAGCAUGAUCCAAACUGCGAAACUGCCGUUCCUUACCACGUCAGUCGGCUAUACUACCAAGUUGCUCUUCGGGCUAUUAACAAUGCAGCUGCUUCACAAAGCACCGGUCUAGAAACCCCGGCUGAAGCCUUGGCUACAGCCAAGAACAAUGAUGGCCGCUCAACCUUUCCGUAUCUUAAUAAUAAUGACGCAUUGGAUAUAGGUACAGUAACACCGGCAUCGGGUUCGAAUGGGUCCCCGAACCCUGUGUUGUACUCGUGGGGGAUGCAGCUCAACUUCCUGCCUGAGCUUUGGCAGGAUCCUCAUCUGGCCAUGUUGGACGACCAUUUAGCCGAGCAUUCACCCAACGUUUAG